CGAAUUUACGAAAUUAAUUUUGCGAUUAGUUACGGAAUCGAACGAAACGGAAAGUCCAUAAUUAUUUUCCCGAUUUUCUCAUUUUUGUCAUUCUUCACGCUGUGUGUUGAAACUUCAUAUUAUUGAAUUCAUCUAAAAAUCCAGAAGGACUGUGGGUCAUCUGAUCUCUGAUUGAAACUUUAAUCUGAAAUCACUGUACUCUUUCCUGCCACCAUGUCUGAAAAAAAGCGAAGAUUGGAUGUUGGCGAUGACUCAAGUGGACGAAGCGCCAAGGUCACGCGCUUUUCUGACCGACCGGGCCCAGGGGGAGAUGCGCCCUCCUCGUCGGGUUCUGCUACGGUAUCCGGAGAACCCACGGUGCCUCCGCCUGAUCUGCGAGCGCCGAUGAUGUCGCGUAACCCGUACAAUGGCCAGCCGUACUCGCAGCGUUACUAUGAAAUCCUCAAGAAACGCUUCGGUCUACCCGUUUACGAGCACAAGAACAAAUUCAUGGAGACGUUGGCAAAGAAUCAGUUCGUGGUGCUCGUAGGCGAAACUGGUUCGGGGAAAACGACACAGAUACCGCAGUGGUGUGUGGAGUACGUAAAAGCCAAUCCCUCUGAACCGGGAAAAAAGCGCUCCGUGGCCUGCACCCAGCCACGUCGAGUAGCCGCUAUGAGUGUAGCCCAGCGCGUCAGCGAGGAGAUGGACGUGAAAUUGGGCGAGGAAGUGGGUUACAGUAUCCGUUUCGAAGACUGCACGUCACAGCGCACCAUCAUGAAAUACCUCACCGAUGGUAUGCUGCUGCGGGAAGGGAUGACGGAUCCCCUGUUGGAAAACUACGGGGUGGUGAUUCUAGAUGAGGCUCACGAACGCACUCUGUCGACGGAUAUCCUGAUGGGGGUACUGAAGGAAGUGGCCCAUCAGCGUCCCACUUUAAAGAUUGUGGUGAUGAGCGCCACGUUGGAUGCCGGAAAGUUUCAGGACUAUUUCUCCUUGGGCGAUAAAGAUAAAGAAGCAGCCGCGGAGGAUGAGAACGCUGAGAAGAAGAAGGCACCGCUGAUUAUGGUGCCCGGCCGCACGUUUCCGGUGGAGAUUUUUUAUACGCAAGAACCAGAGCGGGAUUAUCUGGAAGCGGCGAUUCGGACGGUUAUCCAGAUCCACAUGAGUGAGGAAGAGGAAGGUGAUAUUCUUCUGUUUCUUACUGGACAAGAGGAAAUUGAUGAUGCCUGUAAGCGUAUAAAAAAAGAAAUCGACGGUCUUGGUGCAGAAGUCGGUGAACUGAAGUGCAUUCCACUGUAUUCUACACUUCCGCCUAAUAUGCAGCAGCGUAUCUUCGAGCCCGCGCCGCCCAAAAGACCGAACGGUGCUCUGGGAAGAAAAUGUGUUGUGUCGACGAAUAUUGCCGAGACAUCGCUGACCAUUGACGGUGUAGUCUACGUGAUUGAUCCCGGGUUUGCUAAACAGAAGGUGUACAAUCCCCGCAUUCGAGUGGAAUCGCUGCUCGUAUCGCCAAUCAGUCGUGCUAGUGCACAGCAGCGUGCCGGUCGUGCGGGUCGUACACGGCCCGGCAAAUGCUUUCGGCUGUACACCGAAAAGGCUUACAAGUCCGAAAUGCAGGAGCAGACUUUUCCGGAGAUUUUGCGCUCGAAUCUUGGCAGUGUUGUCCUGCAGUUGAAGAAAUUGGGCAUUGACGAUUUGGUGCAUUUUGACUUUAUGGAUCCACCUGCUCCGGAAACGCUGAUGCGCGCUCUGGAAUUAUUGAAUUAUUUGGGUGCUUUGGAUGAUGAAGGCGAAUUAACACAGGCCGGUCACAUGAUGGCGGAAUUCCCUCUUGAUCCGCAGUUAGCCAAGAUGGUCAUCAAGAGUUGGAUGGGUUGUUCCAAUGAAUUCCGUUGUCUCACCAUGCUAGAACUACAUUCCUUGUAUUUCAAAGCUUUACUUGUAAAAGAAUUGUGA